AUGGCUCCCAGCAAAAGCCUCUUCGCGUCGUUCCACCCUCUGGCCCCGGAGGGGGGGGUCGGCCCCGCGGGCCCCGCGGCUCUCCACGCGGACAUCCAAGCUCUGCUGCAACGGAGCCUUGCGCCGGAGCGACCGGGGGCGCCGCGGUCCAGACGCGGCUGCGACCGCGGCGACGCGCCGCGCCCCGUGGUGGAGCUCCGGCUGGGGCCCGACGGCGGCGCGCUGCACUGCCUCCCGCCGGACAGGUGCGCCCUGGAGCGCGCGCAGAGACGCAGGCGGCUGGCCGCCAACGCGCGGGAGCGGAGGAGGAUGCUGGGGCUCAACGUCGCCUUCGACCAGCUGCGCAGCGUCAUCCCAAACCUGGAGAGCGACAAGAAGCUCUCCAAGUCCGAGACGCUCCAAAUGGCGCAGAUCUACAUCGCCACGCUCAGCGAGCUGCUCCACGAGGGGCCCCGGGGGGCCGCUGCGCCCUCCCCGGGGGCCACACCUGCUGCCGCGCACCUUCACUCCGGGGGGAGGGGCAGCGGGGGCCCGCCGCAGCGGAGUCAGACCGAGGACACGUGGAGCAGGACGAGCGGGACCAAAAGACUCUGAACACCGGACACAAAAGACAUUUAGCUGCAGCAUUUAUGGAAGAGUUUUGUAUUUUAGAGGUUUGUCUUGUUAAUGACUUCAAAUAUAUUUUCUUAC